CUCACCUCUGACAGUUGAACAACAAUGGCCGGGGUGGAGGCUACUCAACCUGCUCCGGCGGUUGAUAUUUCCAAAACUAGCAAGAUGCCAGCUGAAGGAUAUGACAAGAAAUGUAUUUUCUGCAAGAUUGUAAACCAUGAAAUGGGGACGGAACUUCUUCACUGUGAUGAAGAGAUCUCAUGUUUCAGAGACAUCAAACCUGGAGCUCCCCACCACUACCUGGUCGUCCCAACCAGACAUGUUGGGAACUGUAAAUCACUCAGCAAAGAACAUGUGCCUUUGGUGAAGCGGAUGGUUGAGACUGGGAAGGAGAUCCUUCAGAAAAACAACGUAACCGAUCUCAGUGAUGUCAGGUUUGGUUUCCAUUGGCCCCCAUUCUGUUCUGUUACACACCUACACCUUCAUGUCCUGGCACCUGCCACUGAAAUGGGCUUCAUGUCUCGCCUCUUCUACAGACUCAAUUCCUAUUGGUUUAUCACGGCAGACCAGCUAAUUGAGAUUCUCAACUCUAAAGAAGAGACCAACUGAUCACUUGAAUGCAGCUCUUGCAGUACUUGGCUGUGAUGUAGUGACUGAAACAUCCACCUUCUUGUAGAUGUCAUGUUGGAUGGAACACUCUCACAUUAAGUUGCUGCCUGUUUGCCACAGCAGAUGACAUUUGUAUUUCUAUGAUAUUUGUGACCACUUAGGUGUUCAGACUUCAGGCAAGUAAAAUCUUAAAUGAAGCCAAAUCUUGUUUCUUGCUGCUUGAAAUGUUUUAGGAACAAACGUUUUUUAAUGAUUUUUCAGAAGAAGUUAAUAAAAUCCAUUAAUCCACUGUAACAAACAAUCUAGUCACUUUAUGGACCAAGUAACAUACAGUAAGUCUUUCAAUCACCAAAGGAAAUGUUGAAGGCAAUCUGUUGAAUAGAACAAUAGGUUCACCGAUGUGACUUGUAUCAUUUUCAAUAUCAAUUUACAGAUAGAGAAACGAUUCAUUUUAAUUCCUGUCAUGCCAUGCUGCCUUUGCCUUAGCUCUUUUGCAGCUCAUGUAUCAACUGAAAUGUAUUUAAAUCUCUGUAAGAAAAAUUAAUUCGUACAAUUCACAUUUUGAGACAACAUAUUACACAGCUGUUUAUAUUGAGUUCCUCAGCUAUGAUGCAUUACCUCUUUACCGAGUGACAUCCUCAUUAACCAUUUACAAGGUUCCUUUACAGUGGAAGCAACUGAGUAAUCCUCUGACACUGACACUGACAGUAAAAUGUUGAUCUCAACAAGCACUGAAAUACAACAGGGUAUUUACUCAUCUCAUGUUUGUUUUGAUGUGAUAUCUUAAGACUGUAUUAAGAUAUAUAAUGUAUAAUAUGAACUAACUGAAUGGUGCAUGAAGUGAUUACUACAACUGCUAUAUUAUACCACACUAUACUGUAUUGAUGGAAUGUGAAGAAAUGAUUCUCUGGUACUGUACAAAAGUGUAUGCACUUUCAGAAAUGUUAAUUUAUCAUAAAUAAUAUAUUGCUGCUUCUCAGUUUGAUUUUCUCAGA